CUGAUAAAUAUUGAAUGAGGUGAGAAGAACCAAGAAGAAGAAGAUAGCAAAAAGUAUUAGCUUGUCGUUGUUGUAAACUUGUAGUUGUUUUUUUCAAUAUAUAUAUACAUAUAUAUCGCAGUUCGGUAAUGUGAAAUUCAGAAUAGAGAAAAAAUAGAUUAAAAAUAAGAGAAUGAAACAGAGUAUUCUCAUUCUCUGUUGUUGUUUAGUCCAUCGAUAAUAGUUGAAGGGAUUUGGGUUUUUUUAUUGGGUUGUUUGGGGUCGGAAAGAAUCUGAUGGCGAAGACGGGGGUGUCGAGUUCCAUUCCGACGGUGAGGGCGAGAGCGGUGGAAUUGAAGAAAGAAUUACAGAGACUUGUUAGGACAAUCGUCGACGACGAUGAUUACAGCAUCCACGCCGUCGAUCAAGCUAAGGAUGCUCUUUGUGCCUUGAGAGAGCUAAUCAAGCUAAGGAUGCGUGCCUCGCUCAAUAAACGGUCGACGGCGACCUUGAAGUUACAUGAAGCGGUGUCGUGUCCUGAAGAGUUUAAAUGUCCUCUUUCUAAUGAGCUUAUGAGAGAUCCUGUUAUUUUAUCUUCUGGUCAGACAUAUGACAGACCCUUUAUCCAGAAAUGGCUGAAUGCAGGCAAUAGGACUUGCCCUAAAACCCAGCAAGUUCUUUCUCACAAGGUCCUCACUCCCAAUCACCUGAUCAGGGAGAUGAUAUUGCACUGGUGCAAGAGUCGGGGGAUCGAAUUACCGACCCCUGCGCAGUGCGGUAGAGAGGAUGGCAUUACCGAAGUGGAGCGCGACCGUUUCUCUUCUUUGCUCAACAUGUUGUCUGCUGCGCUUCCUGAACAGAAGGAAGCUGCAAAGGAGCUUCGUUUGUUGACAAAAAAGAUGCCUUCAUUCCGGGCUCUUUUUGGCGACUCAGUGGACGCCAUAAAUAAGCUGCUCAUCCCACUCUCAGCGAGCAAAUCUCAGAGCAGUGUUCACCCUGAUCUUCAAGAAGAUGUGAUCACGACACUCUUGAACCUUUCGAUCCAUGACAGCAAUAAGAAGCUCGUUGCCGAAACUCCAAUGGUUAUUCCCCUUCUUAUGGAAGCACUAAGAUCUGGAACUAUUCAAACAAGGAGCAAUGCAGCAGCAGCCCUUUUCACUCUUUCGGCUCUUGAUUCGAACAAGGCACUAAUUGGUAAAUCCGGUGUCGUCAAGCCUCUCAUUGUCCUUCUAGACGAGGGUCAUCCAUUAGCAAUGAAAGAUGUUGCUUCUGCAAUAUUUAACCUAUGCAUACUCCAUGAGAAUAAGGCAAGAGCUGUGACGGAUGGUGCAAUAAGGGUCAUUUUAAAAAAGAUUACGGAUGGUGUUCAUGUUGAUGAAUUAUUGUCUACCCUUGCAAUGCUUUCGACCCAUCAGAGGGCUGUUGAAGAAAUGGGGGAGCUUGGAGCCGUUCCUUGCUUGCUUCGUAUCAUAAGGGUGAGCAACUGUGAACGGAAUAAGGAAAAUUGCAUCGCAGUCCUUCACACCGUCUGUCUUAAUGAUCGAACCAGGUGGAAAGUGCUUAAGGAAGAAGAGAUUGCUUAUGGAACAAUAUCGAAGCUUGCUCGAGACGGAACAUCUAGAGCCAAGAGAAAGGCUAAUAGAAUUCUCGAGAGGCUAAGAAGGACCAUUAAUAUUACUCAUACCGCAUGAAGACAUUACUCGAUGCAACAUCACCAAGUGCAUCAUUUGUAAAUUCCAUUUCCCACACCCGGUCACGGGUGCCUCUUAUCAUCAAUCCGAUUAUGUAAAUUCUUGUCCCUCAUCGGAGUUCUUAAUCUGAGGUUUAACUGUUAGCCGCUAUUAAUA